AUGUACUACUACGCAAGCAAGUUGAACGAGGCGUCAUGUAGCGGCUGCUCAGUGAAGGUGCCGGCUAGCGAUCCCCCGCCGCCCGCCUCUGACCUCGCGCCGCUGCCCGCAGACCCCGCGCUCUUACACGGCUCCGGAUUGUCCUACUACGAUAACGACGAUUACUAUUCUAUGGUGCGGGGUAACAAGUUCAUGUCAGAUACGAGUUGCAAGCACAUUGUGAUGAAUGGUGGACUCAGUUUUGUUUCAUCACAAAAAGUAGAAUCACCACAACUGGGUGGUGGUGGUGCGGACAAGGCAGAGGUGGAGUUCCGCGAUGGACAGCUGGUGAGCGGCAGCCUGGACGCGUUGGUGGAGAUGCUGCGGCCUGGUGCCGCUCCCUCCUUCACCUUUACCCUCCUUCUGUGCUCACGCCUCUUCCUCAAGCCGCACGAGCUCCUCGCCAAGCUCUGCAAGAGAUACUUCAACAGCUACGACAAACUCGGCAAAGGGGACUGCAAGGAGCCGCUGGAGAAGGAGCUGGCAGACAUGGUGUCCCUGGUGCGCGUGCUGAAGCAGUGGACCGGCAUGUUCCCGUACGACUUCCGCGACGACCGCGUGAUGGCGCUAGUGCGGAGCAUCACGCAGAGGUGUGCAGCGGAGCACAUGGCGUCCGUGAGGGCGGAGGUGUCCAGCAUGCUGGAGCGACUACUGGACCGGCUGACGGCGUUGGAGCAGUACGAGGAGACGCUGGUGCAAGUACCGCAGAUGUGCUCCGUCGAUCAGCUGCCGCAAGGCGACAUCCUGACCCUGGGUCUGACACCAGUGGAACUGGCCAGUCAGCUGACGGCGGUGGAGUUGCACCGGCUGUCGUUUGUGGGGCCCGAGGAGUUCGUGCAGGCGUUUGCUCCAGCUGGUACCAGUUCUGGAAGUUCCGCCAUCAGCUUGCGCCACGCUGAUACGAAAACCACCCGCAACCUGGAAGCCUACGCUGACUGGUUCAACCGUCUCAGCUAUUUGGUCGCCACGGAUAUUAUCAAGCCGGUGAAGAGCAAACAGCGAGCGCGUGUGUUGGAGCAAUGGGUGACGACGGCGCGUGAGUGCUUCAACCUGGGCAACUUCAACUCGCUGAUGGCCAUCAUCAGCGCGCUCAAUAUGGCGCCCGUCGCCAGGCUCAAGAAAACGUGGAGUCGUACGUCUGCAGUGUGCGGGCAGCAGCUGAGGCAGCUGGAGCUGUGUGUGGAGCCCAGCGGUAACCACGCCAGGUACCGCGCGGCUCUGGCGGCGGCGCCGAGCUCGACUGCGGUACCGCUGCUGUCGGUCACCUGCCGCGACCUGCACUUCGCCAACCAGGCUGCGCCUACCAGGUUACCAGGUGGACGCGUGAACUUCGAGAAGUGUUCGGUGUUGGCGCGGCACGUGAGUGCUCAGCUGGCGGCGCGACACCUGGCCGAACCGCACCCCGCCGCCGUCCCCCACCCCACACCAACACCCGGACCCCACCCCGCGCCUACGCACCUGCCCGCCUGGCGCUUCCUCUCUGACCGACCAGCGCUCUCAGAGACAGCGUUGGAGCUGGUGUCGUUCGAGCGAGAGCCGCCCGUUGAUCACUUGGAGAAGGAACGCCUCAAGCGUCUGAAAGGAGCGGCUCCCUAA